AUGUCGCUUCCAUUUUCCUACGCUCUCGUUACCGGCGGCGCUGGCGGCCUUGGAAAGGCCAUCGCAACAUACCUACUUAGCAAAAACGUCAAGGUGAUUCUUGCCGGUCGCACCGAAAGCAAGUUACGUACGACAGCACACGAAAUCGGCGCUACAGACUACUACGUUCUUGACACGGGCGAAGUCGACAAGAUCCCGUCAUUCGUGAAUACAUUACUGCAGAAACAUCCAGAGCUAGACUGUCUGAUUAACAAUGCUGGCGUUCAGCGGCCCUUGCAAGUGCUCAAGGACGAUCCGUCGGAAUUUCUUCAAAAGGCCGACCAGGAGAUCGAUAUUAACAUCCGGGGACCUAUGCAUCUAACUCUGGCAUUACUUGAUCAUUUCAAGACCAAGAAAGACGGUAGUGGCGCGACGAUCAUCAACGUCUCUUCAGUCCUCGGAUUUGUGCCCUUUUCCGUCAUCAACCCAGUCUACAACGGCACAAAAGCCUGGCUGCAUUCAUGGUCCGUCACCCUGCGCACCCAGCUUCGGCGCGGCGGAUACGAGAGUAUCAGAGUAAUCGAAAUCGUGCCCCCAGCAGUCGAGACGGAUCUUCAUCGCGAGCGAGAAGAUCCGGACGAUAAUAAAAAACACAAGAAUCCGAAUUCAUUGUCGAUUGACGAGUUUAUGGAGUUUGUAUCGAAAGGGUUGGAACGAGGGGAUAGUGUGAUUGCGCCGGGGAUGGCGCGGGAAAUUGUUGACGAGUGGGAUGCAGGGUUUGGGAAGCGGUAUGAGAAGAUUUCGGCGGGGUUGCCUUGA